ACCUGUUCCCUAUUAUUGUUUUGUUGGUCUCGUCCAGUUAUCUGUCAAUCUGUUGGUCUGUGUAUUUAUAACCUCUCUGCUCCUCUUCUGUGCUUAGUUGGUUUGUUGCACUUGUUGGAUAAGUUGAAAGUGAAGUCUGUGCAGAGUACAAGAUUUGGUCAAGAGAAAGGGAACCAACAAUGAUUUCAUUUCCACUGUGGCUCUUCAUGGUGGCACUGAGUGGGUGUUCCACUGCAGUACACGCUGGCCUACUUGGAGGGCACCCCUGCUCUACAGUGCUCGCCUCUGCAGCCUCUACAGUGCCCUCCUCUACAGCCUCUACAGUGCCCGCCUCUACAGUGCCCGCCUCUGCAGUGCCCACCUCUACAGCCUCUAAAGUGCCCACCUCUACAGCCUCUGCAGUGUCCUCCUCUACAGCGCCCACCUCUACAGCCUCCAAAGUGCCCACCUCUACAGCCUCCAAAGUGCCCACCUCUACAGCCUCCAAAGUGCCCACCUCUACAGCCUCCGCAGUGUCCUCCUCUACAGUGCCCACCUCUACAGCCUCUAAAGUGCCCACCUCUACAGCCUCUAAAGUGCCCACCUCUACAGCCUCUAAAGUGCCCACCUCUACAGCCUCUGCAGUGUCCUCCUCUACAGCGCCCACCUCUACAGCCUCCAAAGUGCCCACCUCUACAGCCUCCAAAGUGCCCACCUCUACAGCCUCCGCAGUGUCCUCCUCUACAGUGCCCACCUCUACAGCGCCCACCUCUACAGCCUCUAAAGUGCCCACCUCUACAGCCUCUGCAGUGUCCUCCUCUACAGCGCCCACCUCUACAGCCUCCAAAGUGCCCACCUCUACAGCGCCCACCUCUACAGCCUCUAAAGUGCCCACCUCUACAGCCUCUAAAGUGCCCACCUCUACAGCCUCUGCAGUGUCCUCCUCUACAGCGCCCACCUCUACAGCCUCCAAAGUGCCCACCUCUACAGUGCCCACCUCUACAGCCUCUAAAGUGCCCACCUCUACAGCCUCUAAAGUGCCCUCCUCUACAGUGCCCUCCUCUACAGCCUCUAAAGUGCCCACCUCUACAACCUCUAAAGUGCCCUCUACAGUGCCUCGUAGACUCAGGCUUGCCCACCGUUAAUCGAGAUGCUGGAGGAGCAGCUUGUGUCUUCCCUUUUGUGUAUUUGGGGACACUCCACUGGACAUGUACUACAAUCAACCAUAACAAGCCUUGGUGUUCAACCACAGGCAACUUUGACCAGGAUGGGCAAGGGGGAGAAUGCUGCGUUGAAGCUGGGUAACAGUAUAAUACUGUUUAAUAAAACAUUGAAAACAGAA